AUGUUCAACGUCUCAAUAGUCGAACAACCAACGGGAAGAGAAGAAAUGCCUGAUGAUAGAUUGAUGUCGUUGAAGCCAUCCUUACCACCACCGCCACCACCAUCACCGCCUCUUUUACCUGCUCCUCCUUCAUCAUCCUCUCCAAACUACCGAUCUACUGGUGCUAUUUCCUUCGUCACAACUUACACACCACAUACAGAUACAUAUACAAAUACACACACGCUGACCCAACCAACCAGUCAUUUGAAUCAACCAAUUAACCCAACCCAACCCAACCAACCAACCAACCAACCAAACCAAUCAGUCAUUUAA